ACUUUUAAAGCAUUUCCUUCUCACUCGACCAGGUAGUCUGGUGAGGGUGAACAGCUUGCUUGAAUGGUGGGUAAAGGUGUGACCGUGGACAUAGCGAUGGAGAAAGCCGGGGGUGACACGCCCGGGAGCCCUGAGCCGUCCUUCCUGGCGACUCUGGGUGACCCACAGGUGACCCUCGUGUCCGUCCACAAGCGGUGGUCCUUCAGGAGGAAUCCUGGGACCAGGGGCUCCACCAGGCCAGUGACUUCGGAGGAGGAAGGAGAGUUUUCACAGAAGGUUUUGAAUGGAACACGAGGAAUCCGUUCCAAUCAGAUCCUGUCUAAACAUUCUUUGCCCGCUCGUGUCUGGGAGCCAGCGAUGCAGCAGAAGCAGAGUUUCGCCUUUGACAAUGUUGGCUACGAGGGUGGUCUGGACAGCGUGUGCCCCUCUCAGACGACCACCGGCACCAUCAGCAUUUCGGGCAUGACUUGCCAGUCGUGUGUAAAGUCUAUCGAGGGCAGGAUUUCGAGCUUGAAAGGCAUCGUGAGCAUUAAGGUUUCCCUGGAACAAGGCAGCGCGACUGUGAACUAUGUGCCGUCGGUCCUGAGCCUGCCACAGGUUUGCCGUCACAUCGAGGACAUGGGCUUCGAGGCCAGCAUCACAGAAGGAAAGUCCGCCUCCUGGCCCUCGAGAUCCUCGUCUGCCCUGGAGGCCACGGUCAAGCUUCGGGUGGAGGGCAUGACCUGCCAGUCCUGUGUCAGCUCCAUCGAAGGCAGGCUGGGGAAGCUGCAAGGGGUAGUGAGGGCCCGAGUCUCCCUUGGCACCCAGGAGGCAGUCAUUACUUACCAGCCUUAUCUCAUUCAGCCCCAAGACCUCAGGGACCACGUAAACGACAUGGGAUUUGAAGCUGUCAUCAAGAACAGAGUGGCACCCGUAAGCCUGGGACCAAUUGAUAUUGGGCGGCUACAGAGGACCAACCCAAAGACCCCUUUGACGUCUGGUACCCAGAAUCUCAAUAACUCUGAGACCUUGGGGCACCAAGGGAGCCGUGUGGUCACCCUGCAACUGAGAGUAGAUGGAAUGCACUGUAAAUCUUGUGUCCUGAAUAUUGAAGAAAAUAUAGGUCAACUCCCAGGCGUUCAAAGUAUUCAAGUGUCCUUGGAGAACAGAAUUGCCCAAGUACAGUUUGACCCUUCUCGUGUCACCCCCGGGGCCCUGCAGAGGGCCAUUGAGGCUCUUCCUCCUGGGAACUUUCAAGUUUCUCUUCCUGAUGGAGCAGCAGGGAGUGGCACGGAUAACAGGCCUUCCACGCAUCUCGCCCCCGCCCCCGCCCCCGCCCCCACCCCCGCCCCCGCCCAGGGAACCCGGAUGCAGGGCCUGUGCAGUACCGUGGUGCUUGCCAUUGGUGGCAUGACCUGUGCGUCCUGCGUCCAGUCCAUCGAAGGCCUGCUCUCCCGCAGGGAAGGGGUGCGGCGAGUAUCAGUCUCUCUGACUGAAGGGACUGGAGUGGUGCUCUAUGAUCCCUCUGUAAUUAACCCGGAAGGACUCCGAGCUGCUGUUGAAGAAAUGGGAUUCAAGGCGUCAGUCGUUUCUGAAAACUGUUACAGCAACCAUGUUGGGAACCGCAGCGCAGGUAAUUCCACAGUGCACACCACAGCUGGCGGACCUGUGUCUGUGCAGGAAACGGCUCCCCAUGCUGGGGGGCUCCCUAAGAACCACAACCCCGGCAGCUCGUCAAAGUCCCCGCAGGCCUCUACAGCAGUGGCACCACAGAAGUGCUUUUUACAGAUCACAGGCAUGACCUGUGCAUCCUGUGUGUCUAACAUAGAGAGAAACCUUCAGAAAGAGGCAGGUAUUCUCUCGGUGCUGGUCGCCUUGAUGGCUGGAAAGGCAGAGAUUAAGUACAAUCCGGAAGUCAUCCAGCCGCUGGAGAUAGCUCAGCUCAUCCAGGACUUGGGCUUUGAGGCUGCAGUAAUGGAAAACUACACAGGCUCAGAUGGUGACCUCGAGCUGAUUAUCACGGGCAUGACCUGUGCAUCCUGCGUUCACAACAUAGAGUCCAAACUCACCAGAACAAACGGCAUCACCUACGCCUCUGUGGCCCUUGCCACCAGCAAAGCCCACGUGAAGUUUGAUCCUGAAAUGAUUGGUCCGCGGGAUAUUGUCAAGAUUAUCGAGGAAAUCGGCUUUCAUGCUUCCCCGGCCCAGAGAAACCCCAACGUGCAUCACUUGGACCACAAGGUGGAAAUAAAGCAGUGGAAGAAGUCUUUUCUGUGCAGCCUGAUGUUUGGCAUCCCUGUUAUGGGUUUAAUGAUCUAUAUGUUGGUGCCCAGCAAUGAGCCCCACGAGACAAUGGUCCUGGACCACAACAUCGUUCCAGGACUGUCCAUUCUAAAUCUCAUCUUCUUUAUCCUGUGCACCUUUGUCCAGCUCCUUGGCGGGUGGUACUUCUACAUCCAGGCCUACAGAUCUCUGCGGCACGGGGCGGCCAACAUGGACGUGCUCAUCGUGCUGGCCACGAGCAUCGCCUAUACCUACUCAGUCAUCAUCCUGGUGGUGGCCGUGGCUGAGAAGGCGGAGAGAAGCCCCGUGACCUUCUUUGACACCCCCCCCAUGCUCUUUGUGUUCAUUGCCCUGGGCCGGUGGCUGGAACACGUGGCAAAGAGCAAAACCUCAGAAGCCCUUGCCAAACUCAUGUCUCUCCAAGCCACAGAAGCCACUGUUGUGACCCUUGGCGAGGACAACUUGAUCAUCAGAGAGGAGCAAGUACCCAUGGAGCUGGUGCAGCGGGGCGACGUCAUCAAGGUCGUCCCUGGCGGAAAGUUCCCGGUGGAUGGGAAAGUCCUGGAAGGCAGUACCAUGGCUGACGAGUCCCUCAUCACAGGAGAAGCCAUGCCUGUCACUAAGAAACCCGGAAGCACAGUGAUUGCUGGGUCUAUAAACGCACAUGGCUCUGUGCUCAUUAACGCCACCCACGUGGGCAAUGACACCACUUUGGCUCAGAUUGUGAAAUUAGUAGAAGAGGCUCAGAUGUCAAAGGCACCCAUUCAGCAACUGGCUGACCGGUUUAGUGGAUAUUUUGUCCCAUUUAUCAUCAUCAUUUCCACGUUGACGUUGGUGGUAUGGAUUAUAAUCGGUUUUAUCGAUUUUGGUGUUGUUCAGAAAUACUUUCCUACCCCCAACAAGCACAUCUCCCAGACAGAGGUGAUCAUCCGGUUUGCGUUCCAGACAUCCAUCACGGUGCUCUGCAUUGCCUGCCCCUGCUCGCUGGGCUUGGCCACACCCACGGCGGUCAUGGUGGGCACCGGGGUGGCCGCCCAGAAUGGCAUCCUCAUCAAGGGAGGCAAGCCUCUGGAAAUGGCCCACAAGAUAAAGACUGUGAUGUUUGACAAAACUGGCACCAUUACCCACGGGGUCCCCAAGGUCAUGAGGGUCCUCCUGCUCGCGGAUGUGGCCACGCUGCCCCUCAGGAAGGUUCUUGCUGUGGUGGGGACUGCGGAGGCCAGCAGCGAGCACCCCCUGGGUGUGGCGGUCACCAAGUACUGUAAAGAGGAGCUGGGAACAGAGACCUUGGGGUACUGCACAGACUUCCAGGCGGUGCCAGGCUGCGGAAUUGGCUGUAAAGUCAGCAACGUGGAGGGCAUCGUGGCCCAUGGCAAGCGCCAGUGGAGCACACAGGCUGGGGUCUCAAACGGCGUUGGCAGUGUCCCUGAGGAGACAGAUGCAACCCCCCAGACCUUCUCUGUGCUGAUUGGGAACCGCGAAUGGAUGAGGCGCAACGGCUUAACCAUUUCCAGCGACAUCAGUGACACUAUGACAGAUCACGAGAUGAAAGGCCAGACAGCCAUCCUGGUGGCCAUAGAUGGCGUGCUCUGCGGGAUGAUUGCCAUCGCGGAUGCUGUCAAGCAGGAGGCAGCCCUGGCCGUGCACACGCUGAAGAGCAUGGGCGUGGACGUGGUUCUGAUCACUGGGGACAACCGGAAGACCGCCAGAGCCAUUGCCACCCAGGUUGGCAUCAACAAAGUCUUUGCAGAGGUGCUGCCUUCUCACAAGGUGGCCAAGGUCCAGGAGCUCCAGAAUGAAGGGAAGAGAGUCGCCAUGGUGGGAGAUGGGGUCAACGACUCGCCGGCCUUGGCCCGGGCCGACGUGGGCAUUGCCAUCGGGACAGGCACAGAUGUCGCCAUUGAGGCUGCUGACGUUGUCCUCAUCAGAAACGACUUGCUCGACGUGGUGGCGAGCAUUCACCUCUCCAAGAGGACCGUCUGGAGAGUACGACUCAAUCUGGUGCUGGCAUUGAUUUAUAAUCUGAUCGGGAUACCCAUCGCAGCAGGGGUCUUCAUGCCCAUCGGCAUCGUGCUACAGCCGUGGAUGGGCUCAGCGGCCAUGGCGGCCUCCUCCGUGUCUGUGGUUCUCUCGUCGCUGCAACUCAAGUGCUAUAAGAAGCCCGACCUGGAGAGGUAUGAGGCCCAGGCCCAGGGCCACAUGAAGCCCCUGACUGCGUCCCAGGUCAGCGUGCACGUUGGCAUGGAUGACCGGCGACGGGACUCACCGAGGGCCACGCCCUGGGACCAGGUCAGCUACAUCAGCCAGGUGUCUCUGUCCUCACUGAAGUCGGACAGGCUGUCUCGGCACAGUGCUGGGGCUGACGACAAUGGGGACAAAUGGUCUCUGCUCCUGAAUGACAGAGAUGAGGAGCAGUGCAUCUGAAAGCUCCGGGCGGGUACGGUCCCGGGGCUCGGUCUCCUUGCUGAAUAGUCGGGCCGGCUUUCCUGGUAGACAAGGCUCGGGCCGGUCAAGUGCGGCACCAGCAGCAAGACGGACGAGGCUCCUGUCUGGCCUCGGGGACUUCCGCUCCCUGGACAUUCCUGGUCAUCUCUCCUAGCACAUGCCGCAUCCAGACGUGGCCCCUGGGUCAGCCCACCCUGCCUAGAUCCCACUAGCACAGGGGCCAGGCAUCCUGGCCAGACCCUGCUGUUGGCACGGGCUUAUCGGGAACGUGGCUGGACUCUCGCAGAGGAGGGGACAGCCAGCCCUCCGCACAGGCCUCUGCUUUUGUGUUUGGGAUGAUUGCUUGUAAAAGGACCAAAAACUUGGCUGGGCCUUUCCUUAAAACUCAUGAAAAGCCGUGAGUUUUGACAAGACCCACACGCAUCGAGUAUCUGAGACCGCAGUUUACCUCAAAUGCACCCCAUUGACUUCUG